AAAUUGUUAUGUGUAUGGGCCAUGUUCUUUUCAGAACAUGGCGUAUUGUCAUUUCAACACUCAUAGGAUUAACAAAGUUUUAUUAUCUCGCUCGCUCAUAACAAUAUAAAAAGGCGGGAGAGUGAUAUUUAUAUUAAAAUCAUGUUACCAUUAUCUUUAUUAAGAACUGCACAAAAUCAUCCUAUGCUUGUAGAAUUAAAAAAUGGAGAAACUUACAAUGGUCACUUAGUUAGUUGUGACAAUUGGAUGAAUAUUAAUCUUAGAGAAGUUAUUUGUACGUCAAGGGAUGGCGACAAAUUUUGGAGAAUGCCAGAAUGUUAUAUUCGUGGUAGUACUAUUAAAUAUCUCAGAAUACCAGAUGAAGUAAUAGAUAUGGUUAAAGAAGAUGUACAAAUGAAAUCAAGAGGACGUGGUGAAAUGAAAGGAAGAGGACAAAAUCAAAGAGGAAGAGGAGGUGGUAGAGGUACUUUUGGACGUGGUGGUAGAGGUUCAGCAUCAUUGGGUCGGGGAAGCGGUAAUCAAGGAGGAAACAAAGCUCAAAAUAAACCACGUAUUAAAUAAUAAUAAUAAUAAUAAUAAUUUUUUUUCUUAUAUAA